AUGGGGAAAACAAUGGAGCGAUUAACAAACAAUACCGUUCUGAUGUUGAUUACGGGAUUAGUUUUCGUAGCGGCAAUUCAUGCCGUAAAGCAACCGUCAAUCGAUAGAAGUGAAAUGAACAACAACGAGUAUGAAGAUGAUGAUAAUAUUGAUGAUAAAAGAAUUAAUAAUAAUCAAAACAGUGAUGAACGAAUGCCUGUUAACGAUCAAAUUAGUUUGCUGACGAGGCAGCUCAAGAUGUUAACCGAGCAGCGUCAAGAGGAUUACCGAAUGUUAGAGCAUAGUUUACACUCCUACGUACAGAAGCACUUCGAUGAAUACAUAAAUGGAGACAUAAAAAAGGAAUUAAAGGAUUUAAGAGCAGAAAUCAAGACGCUUCGCCAAGGUGUGCCAUCCAAAAAGGAGAAAUUAACAGAAUGGCUGUCGAGUUCAAUUGCGGAAUUACGCUCAGAAAUUUCUGAACUACAAUCGAGUGCAAGCAAUCUUACAAAAAUUUGCCACCAAAGGAAUAUGUUUAAUGAAGAUAUUCGAAGUUUACGCGAUGAAUUGAACACUUACAAACUUGAAAUAAGCGCAAUUAAAAUGAGACAAGAUAAAAGCGAUGCUUUGAUUCAUGAAAUUCGAGAGGAAAUCAUUCAAAACUCAGAGGAUCACGGGAAAAGUUUCACUGUAAAUCACUUAAUGGAUUCACCAAAAUCGAAAGAUUUCCAAACGAUUGCCGAUAAGAAAAUGCGCCAUUAUCGACUUUUGAGGCAACAAGUCCAUGAAAUUGAGCUCGAUCAAAGAUCAUUGAAGAGAAACUUUAUCGAAAUGCAGAAUCAUAAAUUAUCUGAACGAGUUAGGAAUUUAGAGAUUGAGCAGAAGAGAAUGGCAAGUUCAAACUUCAAUUUAAGUCGUCAGGUCAGUGAUUUUGACAAAUUGCACACAUCACUUUUGGAACUACUCGAAGAUGUUGAAGAAAUUGAAACGAAAAUCGAUAAAACUGUUCCGGAAAUCCGACGUGAAAUAUCAAAAGUUGAAAUCGAUUCAGCGCAACUGUCAUCGGAUCAAAACAUUUUGAAAGAAGAAGAUCAUAACAUGGCAAGAACCAUUCAAGCCCUUGCUGUUAGUAUAAGCACUUUACAAAAUGAACGUUCGAAUCGUUACCUAGACAGUGAAGUAAAUAAACUUAAAUUGGAAAUUGAAAUGUUGAAAGCAGCUGCCAUAGUUCGCAAUCAAAAUAAGGGUGAGGAAAAGAAGGAAGAAACUGCAGAGAAGUUGAGUUCGAGACAAGAUGAAAGCAUUUCAUCAGAACAACUUAAGGUACUUGAAGAACUUGAAAGUGUUGAGUUACAGUACGAGAGCAUUGUUAAGACUCUCCCAAACGAUUGUUCUGAAAUCGAUUCAUCAGAUAAAAGCUUGCACAUGAUUGCGCCAUCAAAUCAAAGACAUCCGUUGAUGGUGAAAUGUAAUGGUCCAUGGACAAUUAUUCAAAAGCGAGAAGAUGGAUCUGUGGAUUUUAAUCGCUCUUGGGAAGAAUACGCAAAAGGCUUUGGAGAUCCCGACGGUGAAUUAUGGAUAGGCAACGAAAUUUUACAUCAUUUGACAAGCGACAACUGCACAAAGCUUCGAAUUAUUAUUCAAGAUCUGCAAAAUAAUUCAUGGUACGCAGAUUAUGAUACAUUCACCAUCGCAUCACGCGCUGAAGGCUAUCGAAUCGAUUUUUCUGGUUACACAGGCAACGCAUCAAAUACUCUCGAGUAUCAAAACCACAUGAAAUUCUCGUCCAUUGACGUCGACCUUGAUAUUUCUAAAGGCCACUGUGCUGACGAAUAUGAAGGAGGAUGGUGGUUCUCGCACUGUCUCCAUGCAAAUCUCAAUGGUCGUUACAACUUGGGUCUAACGUGGUAUGACUUGUCACGUAACGAAUGGGUAGCAGUAAAGAAUUCGGUAAUGAUGAUCACAAAGCGCCAAGAAUGCCUUAAUCCAAAGGAAGAUUUGCUGGAUGUGUUAUCAAGUGAGACGAACAGUGAUAGCAGUGAAACAUCAGAAACAUCGUUGAAUUGA